AGUUAGGAAAAACGUAAUCAUUUAUUCAGCUUUGUUUUACUUUCAAAUGUUUUUUUUAAUUACAUAACUUAAUCAAAACUACUUAAACGCAAGUUUUUUUAGUAUUGUUUUAAAAGCAAAAUGAAGUUUCUCAUCGUGUUGUUUUUUUUUUGUCAAAUACAUGUUUCAUCUUCGAUAAAAACGGUAGAAACAUUAGAACUUAACAAAUACUUAGGAAGAUGGUACGAGACAUACAGUAGUUUAAUUCAGCGUCAAACAUUCCAGAGAAACCUUGUAUGCACAACAGCUGAUUAUUCUCUUCAAGCUGAUGGUAAUAUAAAAGUAGUGAAUGCUGGUCGUCUCAAAACUCCUACUGGUUUGGGAAGUAACAUUACUGGAACAGCAACUGUACUAGAUGCUAAUCAUCCAGGAGCACUUCGAGUGACAUUUCCUGGAACACCAAAUCUGCCCGGGGCAAACUACUUGAUUGUAAAACUUGGUCCAACCACUUUUGGUAAUGAUGGUUUAUACGAAUAUUCUGUUGUCACUACGCCAUUGAAAGCUUUAGUUUGGGUACUAGCUCGUAAUCCAGAGACUUUUGAAACCAAUUUUAAAGAUGAAGUUUUUAAAUAUUUAAAUGACAAUGGUUACAAUUGGUUUUGGAACAAACCAAAACCAACUAUUCAAGGAAAAGACUGUGUUUAUCUGUAAAUUUUGUUUUCAUUAAUAACUAGUUAAAGACAUUUUACAAUGUAAAAA